UUCGACCAAUCAGCGCCGGCUGCCGUGCUCCUCAUCUCCUCAGUUAAUAGAAUGGGGAAGGUGAGCAGGAGCUCAGACUGCCGCGGUCACAGCGAUCAUAUCUGAGAUUUCACACGGAAACGUCUCUGGAUAAGACAGCUCCCGGCUGUUAGAGCGAGAUGGAGAGUGGGGGUGACAGUCUCCUCCGGGCUCGCUGUCGAGCCUUUUCGCAGAGCCCCACCUUCUCUGAUUUGGACAGCUCUCUGGACGGGGACUGUAACCUGCGAGGCAAUGGAAACAACAACAUUACCAGCAACGGUAAAAUAGAAGUGGAACAUGUGAUCAGCAAAAAGCUACAGCUGAAAAGGAAAGCAGAGUUCCUGAAGGGUGACCUGAUGCGUCAGUUUGACAGUCAGGUUAAUGACUUCAUGGACAGUCUUAUUGAGGAGUCUGCCAGCCUGGAGCCAGCACCUGUAUCUGCCGUCUUCUCCCCUCCAUUGUCAGACAAGGAGAGGAGCAAACUCAGGCAUUUUCGGCCUCCCCAUGGCCAGGGCAAGCACUUUGUCAGUCGCAGGUCCCUCCUAGAUGAGCUGUUUGAGGUGAACCACAUCAGGACGAUCUACCACAUGUUUAUUGCCCUGCUCAUUCUCUUUAUUCUCAGUACACUGGUGGUAGACUUCAUUGAUGAAGGCAGACUGGUGCUGGACUUCGACCUGCUGGUCUAUGCAUUUGGACAGCUCCCUCUGGUGGUGUGCACAUGGAUCUGCAUGUUCCUCUCUGUGUUGCUGGUUCCCUACACCUUGUUCCACCAGUGGUCACAAACCCAGUCCGGGUCUUUUCGUCACCCAAGGUUGUGCAGUUUGCUGUUUGGCUCUGUGUUCCUGCUCUACCAAGCUCUGGGUCUAGGAUUCCUGCCCACAUAUGUGGUGGUGACCAACGGUUUGCCACCUGCAUCCCGCUUCAUCAUCAUCCUGGAGCAGGUGCGUCUCAUGAUGAAAGUCCACUCCUUUGUCAGGGAGAACGUACCAAAAGUCCUGGCCUGGGCAAAAGAAAAAAACAGCCCCAGCCCUGUGCUCCCUCAGGUCUCUCAGUAUCUCUACUUUCUGUUUGCACCCACACUCAUCUACAGAGACAAGUACCCCAGGAACCCAGCGAUCAGAUGGGGCUACGUGGCCUCAAAGUUUCUUCAGGUACUAGGCAGUCUGUUUUAUGCCUAUUAUGUGUUCGUGCGGCUGUGCAUCCCUCAGUUCCACAGCACCAGUCUGCAGCUGUUUGACCCGAGGGCCAUGGUCCUCUGUGUCUUUAACUCCAUCUUGCCAGGAGUUUUGGUUCUCUUCUUGGCAUUCUUUGCCUUCCUCCACUGUUGGCUUAAUGCUUUUGCCGAGAUGCUCCGCUUUGCUGACAGGAUGUUUUACAAGGAUUGGUGGAAUUCAACCUCUUUUGCCAAUUACUAUCGCACUUGGAACGUAGUGGUCCAUGACUGGCUGUACUACUACGUGUACCGGGACUUCCUGUGGAUAUCUGAGAAGCGUUUCCGAGCAGCUGCCAUGCUGUUUGUGUUCACAGUGUCUGCAGUGGUCCACGAGUACAUCCUUGCAGUCUGUUUCGGCUUCUUCUAUCCUGUACUCUUCUGCCUCUUUAUGUGCUUUGGAAUGAUGUUCAACUUCAUUCUGCAUGACCAAAGGAAAGGUCCCAUCUGGAACAUUAUCAUGUGGACGUCCCUUUUCCUGGGUCAGGGGGUCAUUAUCUGUCUGUACUCCCAGGAGUGGUAUGCCCAGCGCUACUGUCCUUUGGAGGAGCCUUCAUUCUUUGAGUUACUGAAGCCUCGCUCCUGGAGCUGUCACAGAGGCCUGAUGUCAGACCCGGGCAGACUGUGAUCCAUGUGUGAACUACUGCUGAGGACCAUCACUGAUCAGUUAAAAUUUGACCAGUCCUCUGUUACUGUCAUAACUUCAGGUCUUUUGUGUUUAUUUUAUUUUAUUUUAGUAAAGUUGCGACUGCGUCGGCCAAAUUGUUCAUUAUUCUAACAGUAAAGUGAUGCCUUACUUUUCCUUUUUAUGUUUUCAAGAAACAAAAAUUUACAGAAGUUCACAUAAAAUCACAUGUGAACUCUUUUAUUUGUAUUUAUUAUUUAUUUUUCAGAUGUAUUCCCAUUUAAUUUGCCUUGAUCAACUGUGAAACCACUCCAUGUGCCAAUAGGAUUGUGGCCGUCAUGACAUGGCAGCUGAAUACAGCCAUUCACAUAUGCAGUAAAAGUUAAUAUUUAACAAAGUUUGCAGUUACUUCUCUAUGAUAAAUAGGAUUCAUGGUGUUGUAAAUGACAUUAACUGCCAAUAAGAUUUAUUUGUAAAGAUUGCCACCUUUUGGUGUUUUGUAUAAAUCUCUGAGGAAUGUGGCCUCUGUAUUAUAACUUCAAAACUGUAGUUAACUUCUCUAAGAGGAAAAUGAAGGUGGCAUUUGACAUACUCAUAUAGCCGGGAAAUUACUUUAUAGCACGUCUGAUUGUGGUACACUUUAUAUCUAAUUUUUCUCAAAGUCUCUCCAGCUGUCAAGCCACAAGCAUGAUGGGCACUUGUCACAAACCAUGGCCAUGAACUCCAUCAAACAUGAAUGUUGUCUGUAUGGAGUGAAUGCAUUCUCUGUCUGCUGAAUGUAUUCCUGGUGAUUCAAAUAGAACCUUUUUGAGCAUACAACAUUUUAGAGAAUAUUACCUGUGAACCUAAAUGAUGUUUUAUUCCGUUCAUGACCAAUGUGGAGAGUUAUGUGAUGGUGAAAUCACUUCAGAAUAACUUCUUCUGUAACUGCUGCAGCUGGCUGCAAGAACGUUAUAAUACUGAAAUAAUGUUGAUACUUGAUUAGCACUAAGGGCUACAGUUUGCUUUGUCUGAUACCGAGUACAUUAAACGAGACAGUGUUUUGUUGUUAAAAUUGUACAAGUGUAAAUAUUGAGAAAAGUAAUUUUGAUGUCAAUCUAAUGGAUGAAGGAAUGUAAAUGCUCAUUGUGCUUUUAGUUCCAGUGGUCCUACAAUAAUGUGUUUACACAUUUGUAUUGUUUUGAGGAAAUCAAAAGGUUAUUGCACAAUUACUGUUGACAAUUACGACAAAUUCCAAUGCAGGGAGACUGUAAAUAAUGAAAUGCACCGUAUGGAUCGAAAACCAGCAAUGGAUAACGCUGCACUUCCAACAACUGUAUGACCACAAGGUGGCACUGUAUUAAAAGCUUUUACUUGUGGUCCUCUGCUCAGUUUGGCUGUGAAUUGUGGUCAGGAGUGAGACGGGCUUCACCAGAAUCACAAACAAAAUUUUAUAUUACUGAUAAACAGCAAGUACCAGCAUCUUAUUUUUGUAAUAUGUACAUAUAAUAGCAGAAAUAUUGGAAUGCCUGUGGUACUUACCACUAACUCUUGCAAACUCAACAUUUGGCUGAAGCUUUAACUGUGCUUUAUGCCAUUGAGGUUUUGUUAAUAAGGAUAAUAUUUGUGAUUGUGAAAAAGAGCCAAGCUGCAGAGAUGCUCUAUGUAGAUAUUUAUUUUUGGGGAGCAGAGUGUUUCCUAUGUAAUUACUGUCGUAUUUGUGAUGAUAGUGAUUUUUCUUUUCCCCCUUGCCUUUAAUUGUUUAUUAUCAGAAGUGGCAGUUUUAUGAAUCAAUAUGUGGUUCUAUUUUUGGAUGUGGACAAAUGUCUGAUGCAUUAACUAUCAACACAUUAAAGUAACAGAGCUAUAUAAAAAGAAAA